AUGAUCAGCUUGUAUUUAAGGACUGUGCGUUCUUUGUUGUUGCUUUGCCUCUUUGAAUGGAUACUUUUGGAUGGCUGCUUGAGUUUGCAGAGGGUGUCGAGAGAUCACACUUGGAGAAGCAGCAGCUUGAUGUCUCCUGGGGUCCGGGCUGCUGCAGGAAGCAUGGAGGUGGAAGCUGCAGUGACACAACGUUCGGCUCUGCGCUUUAGAAGGGGGGCUUCAUCAGCCAAUCUAUCCAGCUAUAAUAGCCAGGAUGGUGUAUUAUCAAGUGGGUCUCUGUGCCCCUACAAAGUUAUCAGCGAGGAACAGAGCAGCCAUAGAAGGGUCUGUUUCAGGACCCUGGACAGGGAUUUCUUUUGUGACCAAAGAAACUGCAAGGAGUUCAGAUCAGGGAGGUCUUUGUUGGCCAACGUCUUGAGAAACAACAGUGUACUCCUGCAAUGGCAACCCCCUGAUCCUGAUGCUCUUAAAGGAUUUUAUAUGAACUGCUCUUGGAAUGGCACUUUCACUCGCUUCCAGUGUGACAGUAUUCAGCUUGGAAUCAGUUGCAGAGACUACCUCUUAACCAAUGUCCAUGACAAUGUCAAGUACAGGAUUUGUCUCCAAACACUUUACACCAACAGGACAUCAAUAGAAGAGUGUGUGGAAUUUACAGUGGAACCUGUGGGCAUGCAGGAUAUAGUAAUUGCAAUGACAGCAGUAGGGGGGUCUAUAUGUGUGAUGCUCGUUAUAAUAUGUUUAUUGGUAGCUUAUAUCACUGAGAAUCUUAUGCAUCCCACCUUUAGCCAUCCGUCCUGUAAAAGGGGGCCCUAAUGCAAACCCUAAUGCAUUUAGACCUAUCUAGCUAUCUGAUGAAACAGUAAGUGCUGUGUGUGUGUUGCUCAAAUUAGAAUAAGUUAGAGUUGUGGACAACCUGUCUGAUAAAACACAAAUGGGGUGCUACCCUGGAUUGAUUUAUUUUAUUGAUUUCAUAAUAUAAUGUGAUUAAAGACCAGAAUAGUUAAGCAGAAUGUACUGUAUGCUCCCACCUGCAUAGCAGCUCAUUGUAGAGGUGAAAUAUGACUGUGUUGUAAAUGGGGAAAUGUAGCAGUUAUUACCCUUGCCUAAUUAGCUCCUGUUUAACAAGAUUCAAAAAGGAAAA